AGGAUACAAACAUGACCAGAAAUACUGAAAGAAACAUUGAAUUAAUGGACAAAUAUCUUUCAGAGGGUGAAAAGAUUGCCCCAGAAGACAUGCUGUUUUCCUACAGAGAUAUUUUAUUCCCUGCUUCAGUUAGUAGCCCAGAGACUUUGGAAGCUCUGAAAUCCUUUGAAGCCAGGAGCGAUGAUGUGAUUCUAGUAGGCUAUCCUAAAUCAGGAACCAACUGGCUUGAACAAAUGGUGCAGGAGUUGGCGGAUGCCAAAUAUACAGAAGAGGAAAGAAAAGAGAGAAUAAAUGCUGAAAAGAAGGUAGAGACGUUUCAGCGUCUAGAAUUUGGAGAUCCUGGAAUAUAUGAGAGGAUGAAGAAACUGCCUUCCAGAAGAAUUAUAGUAACCCAUCUGACACCUCAACUCUUGCCUCCAUCCAUUUUCCAAAGCAAGAUCCUUGUGUUAGUUCGGAACCCCAAGGACACAGCAGUCUCCUAUUACCACUUCUACAACAACCUGACACUGCUGCCAUCCUUUGCCUCCUGGGAUGAAUACUUUCCAGACUUCAUGAAUGGGAAAUUGGCCUGGGGAUCCUACUUUGACCACCUAGUGGAAUGGAACAAAUACAUCGACAAUGAGAGGAUCAUGACAAUAAGCUACGAGGAACUCAAAGAGGACCAGGUACAGGGGAUGAAAAAGAUUGCUGCCUUCUUUGGAUUCUCCCUCUGUGAGGAAGAUUUUUUGAGAAUUGCCAAGAAGACCAGUUUCAAAGCUAUGAAAGAGAAAUCCAGUGAAACCCACGGAAAGUUUGGGGAUGUCCUCUUCAGGAAGGGGGUUGUUGGAAGCUGGAAAGAUCUCUUCUCUGAGGCUCAGAAUGAAGAAAUGUACCGGAAAUUUGAAGAUACUCUAGGAGGAACAAAGAUGGCAGCAAAGAUAAAAUAUGAUGUGUACUGCAAGGCCUGAAAAUAAGCAGAUGAGUAGCAUGACAGCAAGUCAUGUUCCAAAGAUGUUUCUCCAAACGUGGAUAGUCCCCAUUUUUCCUUCCCAUGAGAGAACAGAAAAACCCCUUUAAGGACUAUCUGGUAUCUCCAAGAAUUUGGGUGGUAAUUCUUUGGUGGGUCCUGGGUCUAGGGCAUGUGCUUUGCUUGAUGUAACCAAAUAAAAUGUGUGUAUACCUCGA